AUGGGUGAAUUCAUAAGAGGCAUAAAAGAAGAUGAACAAAGAAAAACAAAAAAUAAUAACCUCAACUACAACCACACCAACAACGACAGCAGCAUCAUCAACAACGACAAUGUAACAACACAUGACUAUUCGACAGCAACAACACGUAUAUGGAGAGUUGAAGAUAUGUAUGAUGCGGAUAUUAACCAGAUGAAGAUCAUCGUAUAUACUCUCAUGAUGGUGUUUGGAUUUUUAGCAACAAUAACGACACUAAUAAUAAAAGAAACAAACUACCACAACAACAACAAAAAUAAUAACAAAUAUAAAAAAUAUGAACAUAAAAAACGAAGAUGA